AAUUCGUGUGUUCUAAGAUGUCCCAUCAACAGCUCAUAAUCGAUUUGAAAACUUCCCGCGAAUCAGCCAUCAAAGCCUUAAAUGAAAUUUAUUCGAAAUUAAUAAAAUGCAAAGAUAACACAAAAGCUAAGAGCAGCGUCUCUUACAAUGCCGUCCAUGCUAUGUGUAUGGCCAUCAAGGAUAAAGGACAUUUCUACGAUAUCUACGCUGAGGCAAUCGAGAAAUUGGUCCCUGAUAUUCAGGAGGCCCAUUGGAAUAUGUUCGUUGAACUUCUUCGAUUCAUACUCGCUGAAUUCUAUUCAAAGAAUCUCUUUGAACGCUCAAUUAACUUGGCGUUCCUCGUCACAGCCGAUCACAUAGUCACUCCAGCCGAUGUGAAAUCCCAUUUAAAACUCUUCUCCCGGCAACUUUACAACACUCACAUGCAUCUCCCUCCGGAACAAUUGAAAGAAUUGUUCAAAAACAUCGCCCGCGUCGUAGUCAAAUCCAAAGAAAUUCAAUUCGAAGACUUAAUCGAGGAUUUCCACACAAAUAUCCUUGGAUUUCCAUCGAUGCUUCAGACCAUUUUGGUCAAACAUCUAGACAAAGCUUCGAUUUUGUUUGAGAAGUUCUUCUCAGCCAUAGCUUCACUCAAAAUCGCUUCAAAUAAAAUCAAUGAUUCCCUAAUUCUGCUCAUGAAGUACCUGAUCCAUUUUAUUUAUCUCGACGUAACCGAUAAGAAUAGUGUAUUCUCACAGAAUUUUCUCAGAGCCUGCAAAGAUAAUCAGUCUUUCAAGGCGCACAAAUAUCAGAGCUACUCUUUAAAUCUAUUUUACUACUUCAUUAAGCUCAUGCUCUUCCCAAACUCUCACGACUUUAACAAGAACUUCGCAGAAAUAAUUGAUAAAUUCACGGUUUUCUUCGAACGUUCGGAGUUGUCGAAUGAUCCAUGGUUUAUGGAUUCUAUUGUGACCAUAGCCAGAGUCUUGGAUGCUUUCAAAGGCCAAAAAGUACUCCUUGAGUCAAUGGAUGAGGACAGUCAUAGACAAUUGUACUCUCUGAUCGAGAAACUGAUAAAACUCGCCCACGGAGUGAACUAUGAAAGUGGCCUUUGGACGUGUUGCAAUAGCACUAGGAAACACAUCAUCUUUAAGCUGUGCAUUCUCCAAUUGACGCUGUUUGAAACCGCUGCUGAAAAAGGAUUCAACCGACCCGAACUCAGUAGAGCUGUGAUGACCAUCUUGAAGCACACCAUUGUCGUGGCAGAGUGUUUUAACUGUACCACACUGAACUAUGAGGUUGCCUUGAUCAUGAACUCUCUCAGUCGAUGUGCUCAACAAACAAAAACCAAAGAACACGGUGAACUCUUGGCCAAGAUGUUGCUCAUCCCAACAAAGCUGAGUAAACAUCUUCCCGAGAAUAGUGUAAGGACAAUAUUGAAGUGCCUGAUGCAUGUCCACAAGAUCAGUGGUAACACGGAAGGCCAAGCUGAAGCCUGUGCUUUGUAUUUGGCACAUCUGAUGGAGUCCCAAAAUAUUGACACUGAGUUGGUAAAGAAAUACAUUCACGCGUUCUAUGGCUUUGAGCCUUGUAUGAGCGUCUGCGAGACGUUGGCAGAAUCCACCUUUCCCUUAAAGCCAUCAUCAUUUAGUCGUCGUUUACUGCACUCGAUCGAGACUGGAGUCUAUCACAAGACGAGGGCCAACAAUAUUCUCGUGAUAACAUCUCUCCUCAAAUCAGCAACAAAUUGUCUUGAUUUCGUUCUCGUGGCUCGUCUCUUUCCUCAAGUGAGUGUCAUCAAAAAGUUGGAGAGAAAAUAUGCCGAACUGAAAUCCAACUCCUCUCGUCAACUUUCACCCUUGGAACACCUUGCACUCGGGCAUAUCUGUAAAUUCCGAGCUGUUCAACAAAUGGACGACCUCAAGAAUCUCUAUCAAAUCCCAAAAGUAAACGAUGAGUCACUCAACCAGAUAUCAGAUCUUGGGAAGCUCAAACAGAUCGAUGUUGUGGCAGAGAUGCAGAUCAUGAAUCUAGCCCACGAGGGAAUCGAAGAGUUUGAGAAGUUCUUUGAGUGUUCAUCGCAGAAAUCUCUGUCCGAGGAGGGCUUCUCUGUGGAUUGGGUGGCAAUUAUCGAUGAUGUGGCUAUGUUAGCGCGAUUGUUCCACUUUCGUGGUUACAUCGAUUUCGCCUAUAAAGCGUGGCGAUUCCUCCUCCGUAUCACCACCUAUGUGAAUGACAUUCUUAAUCGAAUCAGAGCGUUGGGAUUCUUAUGUGACGAGUGUCUGUUCAUCGAACUCUAUGAUCCAGACUUCGACAUUGAGCAGGAAAUUAUAAACACCGAGGGAGCAAUUUACGAGUGCCUGAUGAAUCUCGAAUACCUUACCCCACGUCGACAGAACUAUGUGCUCAUUUGUCUGUGCAACAUCGGAUGGUUUCUGGCCACAAAAGGACGCUUCCGCGAAAGUCAAAUUCUCUUGGACAUGACUCUGGGAAAAAUCGAAGAACUCGCGGAGCGAAAGAACAAAUUCGAAUUGGUUCGAGCGACGCAUUUGGCGACGAGCUUUCGAAUCAAAUGGAAACUCCAAAAGGAAAUAUCCAAAAAGAAGGCAUUUGCUCAGGUUGAUAGAAUUCUGGACGAGAUUAGGGCGGUGGUUUAUUACACCUCCGAGGACUCGGUGAAUUUCCCAACUCUGCUCUUUUCGGUGGUCAAUGAUAUAAGUGAAUUUACUACGAAUCGAUUGAGUGAACCAGCGACAUUGCCCUAUGUCCAGAUGGUCCUGAAAUUGGCUUUGGAUACAGGAGCUGCUUUUCGCAUUGUGCAGUUCUUGAUCCUAUGGACUCAUAUCAAUUUACAGUCGGAAAAUGCCUCCAAGUGUCAGACCAAAUUAGAUCUCAUUGACUUGCUAUACCGAAACCCACGUCCCUCGAAUCCUGAACUCCACAUUAACUCCAUCACCAGUGUCAAAAAAACCUUCGACAUCAAUCCUGCCGACACUCGACUCAUUUAUGAAGGAGAAUCUGUCCGGAAGGCAGUGGAAAUCAAUCCAAUAUCACCUGUACGAAUUAAACACAAACCACCAGCAAUUCAUCGAGAUCUGGUAUCGUUCCUUAUAUCCCAUGGUUCAUCGUGCAGUUGUGAAAAAUGCUCCCACACAUUCCUAAGUUGGCAAUUCUUUAAAAUCGGUUGUCUCAAUGCAAGACUUUUGUACCUGGGCGAUGUCUACAAUGAACCCAAAGUAUUCUAUGCCAAAGCCAUCAAAUGGUGUGCCAAUAAGUUGCACAAGAAACACACAAAGUUCCAUUUCAGGGAAUAUGAAUUCUCGAUGUUAAUUCAUUACAUAAAUCUCCUGCGUAGAACAAAGAAUUUCAAUGAAGCUAUCGAAACCAGCGAAUGUUCGAUAGAAGCUUACAAUAAGUUAAGAAAUACCCUGGAUGGAGCUUAUCGUGUAAAUCUGUCGGUGCAGUUGGAAUCGACAAGAACUGAGAUGAAUAGAAAACCUGAUACACCAAAAUCCCCCAAAAUAAGGAGAUUUUUGAAAUUUAGUCCAAUUGAAUCGCAGAGUUCUUCUACAGAAGUUAUAUGUUCAUCGUCAUCGUCUUCGUCUGCGUCAUCAUUGACCACAACAAAACGUCGAGGAAGAGCCAAGAAAGAAUCACCACAGACAAUCAAGGAGAACAUAGAAAAUAUCAUUUACAAAGAUCCUGAAGUGAAGAAAUCAUCAUCGCAAGCUUCCAGAGCACGAAGUGCACGACGCAAAGAGAAACAAUCUGCCGAUACUGAGGCUGUUGAUGAUAUUUGUAAAAUUGUCGAAAAUAUUCAAAUAUCAGAUGAAGUCAUGCCAAAGAAGCCACCUUCCUCUCGUAGAAGGGGUGGAAAUCAGAAUCUCAAUACAGCAAUUAUAAUAAUUGAUGACGAUGAUUCGCCAGUUCCGUCAGCUGCAAAGUCCACCAUUCCAAAGUCAGUUAGCAAAAUCGAGUGUACGCCAAGAACUCGAGGACGAACCAAGAAAACACAACCACAACAACCACAGUCAGCUACAGUCUCAAAGUCUGGAGAUGCAGAGUCUCGAAGUAAAUUGUUAAGAAGACGAAUUUGAUGAAAAAUACUCUCGAACGUUUUUUACUUUUAGAGGAAUUAUUAUAUUUUUAAAUUAGUUUAGUUUCUUUUUGUUUUUCUGAUAUUUUAUUCAUAUUUUUUGUUCAAUGUACUUCUUUUAUGUAUGUAGUUAUUUAUGCAAUGUCAAAUAAAUAAAUCUCAA